AUGAGUCCCAGGGGUCUGGCGUUCAUGGCAGGCGCCCGCCGCCGAGGGCUGUGGCGCCGCACCGUCACACCCAAGGAGUCUGUGAAGCGCCUGCUCAUGUGGCCCCAGGCGGGAUCUCAGGUGUCCCGCUGCGCCCCAGGUGAUUCCUCUGCUGAAAACUCCUGGUCGCCCGUGGACCCUGCGUCCUUCGACGUGCGCGGAGAAACUUUUUUAUCUGACCGUCGCAAGGUGCCCGCCUGCCCGCCGGCCAUGUACGAGCCAUGGGGCGUGGACGUGUUUCACACACCACUCAAAAUCCGCCACGUGGCAGAGCAUGUGGAGCUCCCUGCUUGCCUCUUUCAGAGGGGGAGUGGGGGAGAGAGUGGGGAGGUGCAGCAGGAGGGGGUGGAAGAGGGGGAGACAGGGCAAGGUGAUGAAGAUGGUCGCAUGGAUGGUGUGUGUGGGGAGGUCUAUGGGAUAGGAGAAGAGGGAGAAGGAGCAGAAGGAGGAGGAGAAGAAGGGGAAUGGGGAGAAGCGUGGGUGCUGCCUGAGGUGCUGGUGGUGAACCUGCAGGUACCGCUCUACACCACUCUGCCGCUACUACAGCAGGAGCAGGACGGGGAGGGAAUCAGCCUGGUGCUCUACUUGAAGCUCAGCCCUGCCUAUGCACGCGGUGUGCCACCGUGCCUCGCUGCCAUGCUCGAGCCGCUGUGCCAGCCGCCACCCGCACAUCUAUCUUCCCAGCCGGGGAUUGGGAGCAGCACACAUGUGCCCACAGACACAGAUGCUGUCAGGGUUGGUGCUCCAGACGCGGCUGUAGCAGCUGUAGCAGGGCCUGGGGGGGGCUACAGUGCUACAGAUGCGAGUCAUUCGCGCUCUAGCAGCAAGGGGAGUGCCACGGGCAGUAGCAGCAGCGGCGGGAGGGGGGGGAAGGCAGUCGGGGUCACUGAGGCUGGGCGAAAAGAAUCUCCGAACGCUUUUAAGUGGGAUCGGCCGAAGCUGCUGGCUCGGGUGGUGAACGAGGCUGGCAUGGGCCUAGGCUCGGGUACGAAGAAGACAGUGCAGAGCUGGAGCGGGCAACCCAUCCUCACUCGUUCACACCACUCGCUCAUCCGAGGUGAGAGCAAGCCAUAUGUGGAGAUGGAUAUUGAUGUGCAUCGCUUCCCCAAUCAGGUCAAGAGGGGACUCCUCCCGCUGCGCCGCCACCUCUCCUCCUGUGUCUUUGACAUCGCCAUCAUCCUUCAGCGCCGAUUGACCACGCGGAGUUCCCACGAAGCGCAUAGGGGGUUGGAAGGGAAAUAUGGGGAGGAAUUGGGGGACGAGGCGGAAAGGACGGACGAUGAUUGGCGGAAUGGCGGAGUCUCGGGGCUUGCUACUAUCGCGGACGUAGUGGAUGAGCUGGACGGCGAAUGGGAGGACGACACGUCAGCGGGAGUUAUUGAGGCUGAACAGCAAACGCAUUCUCCCUCGGCGUUGCCGACAGCGAGUGAAGCGCGCACCCCAGGCGGCAGCAGCAGCAGCAGCAGCAGCAUCAGAUUCCGAAGUCGUCCCCGUCGCGGCGCAGCAAAGGCCCGGCGAUGGCAUUCAUUCUCCCGCUCGCCGUGUGUCUGUCCGCCCCUCUCCGCCUCCUUCCGCCCCAUCUUCUUCCGCAACCUCCGCCUCCCCGCGUACUCUGUCAUCUCCACUCCCCCUUCCUCCAUUCCGCCUUCCCCUGCGCCCUCUUACCUUUCCACCUCCUCCUCCGCCACUUCCGCACCUAUUUUCCGCCACAGGUCCGCGGAUUCCCCUUCCCCCUCUUCCUCCUGUAGCACUUCCACCUGCGCCUCCCCCACCUCCUCCGCGGGGCUCCCGCAUCCUCCCGACGCGGGCAUGCCGCCGCUCCCUCGCCAGGUCGACUGGCGCAAGUUCGACUCCCCCUGGCGCGCAAUGCUCUUCCGCAUCUGCGGGUUUCAGUCCGCCGUGCUGCAGCGGCGCCAGCACGUCUUCGUCAUGCGCCACGCGGAGCGCCUCGACGCCGUCGAUCCGCGAUGGGCGCAGCGGGAGCCCACCAGCCGGCCGUGGGACCCGCCGCUGUCGGAAUGGGGGCGGUACCAGGCGUACCAGGUGGGGGUGCGGUUGAGGCGCGAGGGAUGGGGGGCGACGCGCGUGGUGUGCGCGCCGUACGUGCGCUGCGCGGAGACGGCGGCGGAGCUGAUAGCCGCAAUGAGCAGCACGCCUGACAUGGACUACGCGCCCUCGGGGCCCGGGUAUGGGCGCUCCUCGUCGCCGUGCCUGCCGCUGCCGCGCGUGGGGCGCGGUGGUGCAGAGGGGUGCAGGACGGUGGGGAUGCAGCGGCACAUCCUUCGAGCCAUGCAGCAGCCGCGGACACCUGCGCAGGCACUGCAGCACCGGAAGCGAAAGCAUGCAAGAGACAUGGGCACCUUCCUUGCCCGUUCAUACCACGACCCUGUUGAUCGGAUCGCCCAGGAACAAGCAUCGGCAGUUGACAUGUGGCAAGCAGGCAUGCCCGUCCCCUUGCCCCUCAUCCGCGCCUGCAUUGACUACUCCCUCUGUGAGGUGAUCCCGCCCGGAACAGCACGGCCGCGUUUGUCCCAUGCGCUGGCGGGUCGGGCGGCGCUCGAGGCAUUGUUUCCAACAGAGUGUGUGGAGAGGGUGGGUUGGGCUGUGACAGGAGGCGCGGACUUGAGGGUCCCAAGGGGACCGGAGGAAGUGGAAAGGGCGGCAAUGAGACUGGUGACAGCCAUAGACCGCAUCGCAGAACAGUGGCCUGAGGAGAACAUUAUCAUUAUCGGCCACGCAGAGGCAUUGCAUGCAUCUGUGCUCCGGUGUCAGCACAAGGCCAAUGUGUACAAUAUACUUAUGGCAGCAUUUGUACAUCUACAACGUAAUGUAUAUCAAGAUAGGGAAGACGAGGAUGAGAGGGGAGUUAGUGAGUGGCAGCUAGCCAUAACCUCUGGAAUGUCUGGUGUAUACUUCACAUGA